AUGCACGAGCCAAAAGCUGCAGCGCAGCAGCACCAGCAGCAGCAGCAGCAGCACCGCUGGUGGCAUUUCUUUAAGCGCAAGUCUGCUGCUCCUCCACCCGAACGACCCUGUGGCGCAGCAGGAGCUGCUGCGUCGGUCGCACACGCGGUGCGUGCUGCCGUCGUACAUUGUGCUGCUGCUGCUGCUGCUGCUGCUGCUGGGGGAGACUGCGCGGUGUAUAUACAGCUCGAUCCUGCAGCAGUGGGUGGAAGAAGCUGUGCUGCACCUCAACAAAGAAACUGGAGCUUAUUUGGAAUACCAACAUGCAUUAUUUUCAGUCUUUUCCUCCAAACCUGCUUCCUUCUGCUACGGCGACUUGGUCCGCAGCGCGCAGCAGCAGCAGCAGCAGCAGCAGCAGCAGCAGCAGCAGCAGCAGCAGCAGCAGCAGGAGUUUGGGAGCAGCGAGCGGGCUGCGUUGAUGGAGGCUGUGAAGGCCUUCGCCCCCUCUCUUUGCAUUUAUCGAAAAGAUUUGUAUUUCUUGAGCCCUCGGGAGAACUUUUGGGGAAUUCUUUUUCGGAAAUAACAAAAGUGGUUUACAGCUGCGGGCGGGAGCUGGCGGCGCUGCUGGCUCGGGUGUCUAGACACCUCGCGCCCAGUGUCUUCGCGUACACCCAACGCAAAGUCCAGUUCAUUGACAAAGUCUUUCAAUUAAUUGAAACCAAAACAACUUCCAAAAACCACUGGUGUGCUGCGGCUCUCGAGGACCAGGAAGUCCAGCUCAUCCACGACACCACGGUCCAGCUCGAGGCCCUCAACAACACCAUCAAAAAGCAAAGAAUUUUGGGCCGCCUAAAACUCAUUUGCGGCAUUCAGUCCAUCUUAGUUGCUUCCGAAGCUCCGGCCUGCGCUGAUGCAGAUGAUGCGGAUGAUGGAGGCCUCGAUCCACCAGGCGCUGCAGCAAAGCCACACUGCUGCGCUGCAUGUGGGGUUGGAGCUGCAGUCUUCUGUUGA